AAUACGCUGCAGUCGCUGAAGCACAAAAAUUCUGUUCGGCGGUAGGCUCGUCAGUGGUCGUCCCAAAGCGACAGGAACGCGUCUUUCCGGACAUCUUGUCUGUAACCCGUACGGUGUCUGAUAAAAAUAGCAAGGAAGUGGGUACUUGUGUCAUUCUGACUAGUCAAUUGCAUGGACUCACUUGUUUCAGUGUCUCUUCCUCAAAUCGAGCUCGGACGGCCAUCGAUGAACACAGCUGUACACAAUCCCGGCCUGCAGUUUAGCAGCAACCUACUAGCAGAGAAACACUCAAUUACCAGAGCUCCUACAUCAAUACACAGCACACCUUCUGUCGGCCAGCUGCCAUACGACGGUUACCAUUUCAACGGCUACUACGAGUUUGCCACACCGACACCUGCUGCCGAAAUGAUGGAUCCUCUACAGUCGAUGAUGCAUCCUCACUCUCCGCAGUUUCAAAGCCGCAUGUCGUCGAUGGCAUUUCGUCGGAAUCAUGAACAACCUCCACCCAUGAUGUCUAGCCCGGCACCCGGUCAUAUCUCUAUGGGAAUCCACCACCCUUUCCCGGUCAGCGGCGCUUUGAGUCACACUCCCAACCGCCAUCUCAAUCAGCCGUCUCACUACCCUCAGGACCCAAGUGUUAUGCCGACCGGCAAGAAGAAACAACGCCGCUACAGAACGACGUUUACGAGCAUGCAACUGGAAGAGUUGGAGAGAGCCUUCCAGAAGACUCACUAUCCGGACGUUUUUAUGAGAGAAGAGCUCGCACUUCGAAUCAACUUGACAGAAGCGAGAGUGCAGGUUUGGUUUCAAAACCGACGUGCAAAAUGGAGGAAGAAAGAGAAGGCAAUUCAAGAGGCAGCAAGACAGACAAAUCAGUCAACACAACAAGAAGGGCAGGAUCAGCAGCAGCAGGAUAAUGCAUCAUCGACGAAGAGUUCGUCUAGACCAACUUCUCCUGUGAUCGCUCCACAACACACUUCACCUACUUCAGUACCGCCGCCAGCUGCUCGGUCUACAGCGUCUGGUGUGCCUCAGUCGCCACAGCCAGCCAUAGCGAGCCCUUCUCCUCCUGUCUCUGUACCCAUUCCCAGUACAUGGUCUACCAUUACUUCUUACAACAGUCCUAUACCAUCCAACCCGUCGAGCAUCAUCCAAGGACCAUCUUCUCCCGUUAUGAGUCACCACCAGACGACGUAUCCCCCCAAGAUGCUUUUGCCAGGGAUGAUGAUGCAGCAACAGAUGUCUCCACCUCUCAACCAUCCUGCACAACUUCGACCUCUCAUUCCAGGACAAAUGUAUGAGUCUCAGGCUGGUAUCAUUGCAUCACACAAUCCUCCCAUCUACGGUAAUCCACUAAGUGACUCUACCCUAGCUACCCUGCGUUCGAACGCUUGUGAACAGGCAGCUGCGAGAAGUCUGAUGCCACACUACAAGUAGUUGAUCAACUAUAUGACAAGUCUGAAAUAUGAGCAUCACCAGACGCUUGGUUAUUAUUUUCUUGCUCUAAAGACUCGUUACCAUGUGACUAUAAUGAACGAGGCACGUAAUUCAAGUUUUAAAUUUUAAUUUACAAAUUAAUUUCUGCACUUCUCUUAGUAACGCAAUGAUCAUUAGCGUAGGGAACCGUUAUAUGGACAUUCACAGAAAUUCCGCUUUAUCAGAGAAGUUACUUAUGAAUGUGAAAAGAAUAUAUGUACAAAUGAAAACAAUAGAGAGCGUUAAACAUA